GCUGCGGGGCGGGACCUGCGCUCGGCCCCGCCGCUUCCGCCGCGCUCAGCGGGGCUGGGCGGCCCCUGAGGCCCGUGGGAGCGCAGCCGCUUCUCCCCGGCGGGGGCUGGUCUGCAUCAGCCCCGGCAGGGAAAUCGCUGUAUAGAAGGCUACCUCAGAUUUUGAUGAGUAGACAUGGCUGUCACACUGCAUACUGAUGUGGGAGAUAUUAAAAUUGAGCUAUUCUGUGAGCGUACUCCAAAGACUUGUGAAAAUUUCCUGGCUCUUUGUGCUAGUAACUACUACAAUGGAUGCGUAUUUCACCGAAAUAUAAAGGGCUUCAUGGUUCAGACAGGGGAUCCAUUAGGCACUGGGAAAGGAGGUAACAGCAUCUGGGGCAAGAAGUUUGAAGAUGAAUUCAGUGAAUAUCUAAAGCACAGUGUCCGUGGGGUAGUUUCCAUGGCAAACAAUGGUCCCAACACCAAUGGAUCACAGUUCUUCAUCACUUAUGGCAAACAGCCACACCUGGACAUGAAGUACACAGUGUUUGGAAAAGUUAUUGAUGGAUUGGAGACCCUGGAUGAGCUGGAGAAGCUGCCUGUGAAUGAGAAAACCUAUCGACCUCUUAAUGAUGUUCGCAUUAAAGACAUUACAAUUCAUGCCAACCCUUUUGCUCUGUAGCCACAGAAUGCUGCAUCACAUUCUUCAGAGACUGGUCAGAUAAUUCCCAGAUCGUGGGGUUUAAAGAGCCAUCAAAAAGGGUUACUUCAGCUGGAUCAUAUCUUUGCUUGUUGAAUGCAGAAUUUUCAGGAGCUUUAACAUUGCUUGGGAGUUGUCACAGAGCCAUGUUUUCCAGAGUAUCUUCCAGCAUUUUGAUUUUUAAGCAUUUUUUUUAUACUUGUAAAAUAAAAAAGUUUUAUUUUUUUUCCUAA